AUGCCCUCCGCCACGCCCCCGCCAGGGCAGUAUACCGUCCUCCGCAUCAAGCGGAAAGCAACUGAGCCGCCCCUCUCUUCGCUCGUGAUCAGCGACGAGCGCGCGGCAAAGCGCCGCACCCUCCGUAAGCGGGGAGUGUUUCGUCUCGCCGAGACGGUGCCGCAUACAUGGCGGGGAGAGGGCGCCGAAUGCGACAUGCUCAAGGUGGAAACCAAUGACUCCGUGCGGAUCUCACCCACGACGAGCUGCUCACACUUCGACCCCGGCACUCUUGCUCCCAGAAUUCCUCUCUCCGUUCUUGCACCACUAACCCCACCCCGAGACAAGACAGAAGAAGCAGCAGAAACAGUGUCCGUGCCCCACCCCACCCCAUCCGUCCCGCGCACGCAAUACCGCGUCGUGCCCGGUGCGCCAGCACGCGACCCAAACCUGCCCCCGCGCGUCAUCACGAACGCAGAGCGGGAUGCAGCGCGCAACGCCCUCCUCUUCGUCGACGCGACGGCCGUGCACGACGACCCGGACAUGGCCGCGUUCCUCCCCAUGCUGAACGAGUACCUCCGACUCGAGGGCGCUGCACCGCCGCCACCGCAGGACGACGAAUACGUCUACGACCUGUAUUUCAAGACUGAGGAGGCCGGUGCGGGUGGGUCAGUUGGCGCCCUGCUGGGGUACGAGGAGUCGAGCCCGCCCAGCACGCCGCCGGACAGCGAGCCGGAGGAUGAGGCGGACGAGGAUAGCAACGACGAGGAUUAUUAUCGGAACGAUUAUCCUGAGGACGAGGAUGCGGACGAGGAUAUGGAGGGGUAUGAGGACGCGUAUUCUGACGGGGCGUGGAGUCAUGACUCGGAGGCGGAUCGCGGGGAACUGGACGAGUGGGAGGACUACCGGUAG